UCUACAAUUUAGUGAAAUGAAAAUGAUGGGAGUAGUAGUAAUGAGAAUAGUAGCUCUUGUUGGCACCUUUGUUUUCGCAUUCAAUGUGGCCUUAGCAGCAACACCACCAAUUACAUUUGUGUUUGGUGAUUCUUUGACUGAAGUGGGAAACAACAAUUUUUUGCAGUACUCUCUUGCCAAAUCCAAUUAUCCUUGGUAUGGAGUUGAUUAUCCUGGUGGCCAACCUACUGGGAGGUUCAGUAAUGGCAGAACUAUUGGUGAUAUAAUAUCUGAGAAGCUGGGGAUUUCAUCACCACCGCCAUAUCUUUCCCUGUCGCCAAACGAGGAUGCGAUUCUUAAGGGAGUAAAUUAUGCUUCGGGUGGAGCGGGAAUACUGAACGACACAGGCUUAUACUUUAUACAGAGACUAACAUUCGAUGACCAAAUACAAUACUUCCAAAAAACAAGAGAGGUUAUAAAGUCUAAAAUCGGAGUAGUGAAUGCAACAAAGCUGUGCAAUGAGGCCCUGUACUUCAUCGGAAUAGGGAGCAAUGACUAUGUCAACAAUUAUUUACAACCUUUUUUGGCAGACGGUCAGCAAUACACCCAUGACGAAUUCGUGCAACUCUUAACGUCCACUUUGGACAGACAACUUAAGAGACUGUACGAACUAGAUGCUAGAAAAAUAGUACUACACGGUCUUGGUCCACUUGGGUGCAUUCCCUCGCAAAGGGUCAAGUCAAAAACAGGGCAAUGCUUAAAGCGAGUGAACGAAUGGGUGCUUGAAUUCAACUCCAAAGUUAAAAGGCUCAUUACCUCUCUAAAUUCACGCCUCCCAAAAGCAGCCCUAAUGUUUGCUGAUACAUAUCCAGCCGUUUUUGACUUGAUCUCCAAUCCCACUGCCUAUGGCUUUAAAAUUUCAAACACGUCGUGUUGCAACGUAGACACAAGCAUUGGAGGGUUAUGCUUGCCCAAUUCAAAGCUAUGUAGCAACCGUAAGGAUUAUGUGUUCUGGGACGCAUUCCAUCCAUCUGAUGCAGCUAACCAAGUGCUUGCUCAGAAGCUUUUCUCUACUAUGUUUUCUCAUACGAAUCACUCCCCUUCUUCUAUUGCACCUCAACCUUCACCUGCUUAGUUCACUGCAUAACCAAAUAUUUUUAUAUUUAUAUAAGUCGCAUGAUCAUGAUAUGAUGAUCAUGAUUCAUGAAAUGUACCUACUUAAUUAAUUAGUCUAUGGUGCAUAACUACACUAAGAAUUUAAGAUAUGCUUAUUUUUAAUUUACCUGAAAUAAAUGGCAUUAUGUAUAACUGAUGCAAACUAUAAGAAGUAGUUAAUUCAGCCUAUAUAUUUGUUUACAAGCUUUGUAAUGCCACGAAAUAGUUUAUUCAUCCUAUAUUUGUUUACUAGCUUUGAUAUAUAGAUGAUGUAAGAUAAAUAUAGCUCCAAAAUAUAGAGAAAAAAAUGCACUCCAUUAGAUGCCCUGCUUUCUCUC